AUGACUCUCACACCCACCUAACCAAAUGAUGAGAUGUCUCCACAGACGAAGACAGAGUGGAAGGAACAGUUGACUGAUCAAACCAACAGCCUUCUCCAAAAUCUCAGUGCCACUGAAGGUGCGACGCAAAAUUUGCUAAUGGAAAUUACCAACAUGGACCACGUCGUGGACAAAUCAGAUGAUGAGGAUGACAUUGUAUCUGAAAACCCUCAGACUGACUUCUUUCACAAGGAUCUGUUGGGACUGGAGGCUGAACUUGACCAGGACCUGCAGAGUAAACAAGACGAGCAAGAAACAGAUAUUGUCCGUGAGGACCCUCAAGUAUCCACAUCUUUGCGGUUUUCAGAGAAUUGCAUCUUUGAAUUGUAUCUGGAGACCAUGUUCCUCAAGCUAAACCACUUGAAUAUAAACACUAGACUUCAAGUGAAGGAACUUGAAGCUGAUCACAAAGACUGGAAGGAGAAAAUUAACAAUCUUAUGCAAAAAAUAAAUGUAACAGAAAACACAGUGAAGAGCUUAUUAAAUGAGUUGAUAUCCCUGGAGGGUCACAUUCAAAGUCUGGAGGACCAGAACCUUGACCCUGACGAGGGGGUAAUCAUCAAGACAGAGGCUUGUAAUGAAGCUCAUGAAUUAAAGAAGAAACUCAAUGAAAGGAUGGAGAACUUUUGCAAGAUUAUGACUCUGCUGAAUACAAAGCUGGGGAUGUACCAAAUGCAAGAAAGCACAGACUCUCACAGUUGUGAGAAAACAGAUAUUGAGGAAACUGAGCUCAGGCUUCCUCAGACAUCACCACCCCCUUUUGUGCAGCACUCUCCUCCCUGCAUUACAGUGUGGAAACGUGCACUGAGGAUUUUCAUUAUGUUUUAUGUCCUCACCUUAACUGGACUUUCAUGUUACAUACUAUUUGUGGAUGCGACGUUCAUCUUCGAAAGGGUGCUCUCAAGAAUUCUUGGGCACCACACAAUGUGGGAACUACGGAAGAUCAUCACGCCUUUCUUGAAUUUGGAAGUGGAAGACUUUUUACCCUCUUAA